AUGGCCCCGAGCUACAUGCGCAAACUGACCCUCGCCGACGUCGACCUCUGCGCCGCCCUCGAAGCAUCUGCCUUUCCGCCAUCCGAGGCCGCAACCCGCGAACAGAUCGAGUACCGGCUGUCCGUCUGCCCCGACAUCUGCCACGGCCUCUUCGUCCGCGAGCCUGCCGCGAGCGGCGAAACCCUCAUCGCCCACGCCCUUGCCACCCGGUCCGACGGCAGCCUCAUCCGCGAGCACGACAUGGCCGCCCCCCCGGGCUGGAAGGCGGCUGCCGCGGCCGACGGGGGCCACCAGCCCGAGGGGGCCACGCUCGCGCUGCACUCCCUGGCGGUGACGCCGGCACAUCAGCGCCGCGGGGUGGGCAGGAGCCUCGCGACGCGGUACCUCGCGCUGAUGGCGCGGGUGCCCUGGGUGCGGAGGGUGGCCAUCCUGACGCACGAGAGCCUGGUGCCCUUCUACCAGGAGCUGGGGUUUGACGAUCGCGGCAGGAGCGCGUGUGCGCACGGAGGGGUGGCCUGGAACGACAUGGUGCUUGUGUACUAA